AUGCAAGCAGGCUUCCUGGAUCCUAGCUAUUUCGAGCAACCGCGCAUCUUUGGCGCCACGGCCAUGCGGGAGAUGUAUGUCACCGUCAACGACGAGCACCUGAGGCCAUCGUCUACUAACGCGAACCGCAGCAGCUCGCCGGGCUGGCUCGCUCACUCUCAAGAUCAUAGCCGCUGUCUGCAGGUGAACGAUAAUGAGCACCAAUGGCAUCGCGAGGUGGAAGCAUAG